AUGACUGUCAACAGAUUUGAGACUAUACGUAGAUUUCUACAUUUCAACAAUAACGAGAAACAUUUACCCAAGGAACACCCACAACAUGAUAGGCUCCAUAAGAUAAGGCCUAUAAUUAGCCAUCUAAAUGAAAAAUUUGCUUUAGUUCCUAUGGAACAAAGACUCUCAAUUGAUGAACAGAUGUGUGCCACGAAAGUGGCACUCUUCAUGAAGCAGUAUUUACCUAAUAAGCCCCAUAAGUGGGGGUUUAAAUUAUAUGUGAUGUGCAGCGUGAAAGGUUAUGCUCAUAAAUUUGAAAUAUAUACUGGCCAAGAGAAUGAACGGCUUCCAGAUGAACCAGAUUUUGGGCCAGUGGGAAAUGUUGUAGUCCGGCUUGCUAGAGGAAUCUAUAGCCUAGGUACUGUCCAAUCUAACAGGCUAGUGAACUGCAAACUGCCGGACAAAAAAACAAUGAUGAAGAAAUCUGUUCCUCGUGGAACUUAUGAAGAGCAGAUGACUGAAUUUGACGGUAUUGAUGUGACAGCAGUUACUUGGAAGGACAAUAAAGUUGUAACUUUUCUAUCUUCGUAUGUUGGAGCUGAACCUGUGGGUCAAGUAGAAAGAUUUGACAAGGCAAAUAAGACUAGAAUUAAAAUUUCAUGCCCACAUAUAAUUAAGGAAUAUAAUGCCCAUAUGGGUGGAGUGGACCUAAUGGAUAGCUUUAUUGGGAGGUACCGAAUUGCAAUGAGAAGCCGAAAGUGGUAUCUUCGUAUCCUUUACCAUUUAUUGGACAUGACGGUAAUAAAUUCUUGGCUUGUGUAUAAAGAUUUAAAAAUAACUGAAGCCAAUUCAUCAGUUCUAAACUUAUGUCACUUUAGACUGGAACUAGCUGAGGUAUUAGCCAAAGUAAAUAACUCAUUUGAACACUGCAACAAAAGAGGAAGGCCAAGUACCAGCAACAGUGUUGAAAUGGAAAUACAAGCAAAGAAAAGGAGAGGACCAGCUCAACAUAUUCCUCCUAAGGACAUAAGAACUGAUAAUGUUGGUCACUGGCCUGGUAAUUGUGUUCGCAGCAGAUGCAAAAUGCCUGGAUGCAAGGGAUACACGCAAACAAGGUGUGAGAAGUGUGGAGUAGCUCUUUGUCUUACCACGACCAAAAAUUGUUUUAAAAAUUUUCAUAUGUAG